UUUAGCAGUUUGCAAAGCAGUAAGUCAAUCUCCAAUUUGCUCCCAGCAGUAGCUGGAAUACUACAGAGAGACUGUAAUAAACUCACCAAAGGAGUUGGCAUAAAGGGUUUCAUCUGUGAUCAAGAUGGGCAAUGAGCAUUCCAAAAACAAAGGACAUACCAAAGACAAGGCUCUGGACAAGCACCUGGAAGGAGAAGUGAAUAGCCAUGCUGUAAGCAUCUUGUACGAUGGCCUGGAGAAUAGUGAUACCAGUGAAGCAGCUGUGGAGCAGAACAGUCAGCCUUCCUCACGGCCUCCCGCUAAAGAGCCAGGUAUAGUGGAGGCUAAUGGCAGUGGUUGUGCGCCUGUGGUGGUGGAACAGGAGCCUGUCAUUGAGAAUGUUCCAGAAGCGGAAGCAGAGACUGCUAAGACGAAAACAAUACCAGAACCGGAACCAAACCACCAAAAGAAGGAGCCCAAGGAGAGUUCAAAAGAAAGAGUGAACGUAUUUGACAACCUCUUCAAGAAGAAAGCUACACCUCAACCCAACCCUGAUCCAGUCCCUGAAAAGGAGGAGCCCAUAAAGGAGAAAACUAUGGAGGAGAGUAAGAGUUCCCCGGAAGUCUCUGUAACGGUGACUGAUGGGAUCCACGCUGAGCCACUUGAUGAGGUGGAGGACACAGAGACUUCAGUGAAGCCUCCCAAACCUAGUCCAGAGGCAGAGGAGGUCAAAGGCCCCGGAAUUGGCGAGGAAAGCAGUCACCUCGAGGAAAACCAAGAGGGUGAGAGUCAAACAGAAGAUAAUCCAGUUAUGAACUUCUUUAAAACACUAGUGACUCCUACCAAAAAAAACAAGCAAGGAACUGCCACCCCUGAUGUUACGAAAGACCAAUCACAGAAAGAGGCCCAACCAACAGCAACAACUACAGCUGCACAAGUAGUGGAUGCUCCAGCAGCAGCCAAAGGAGGAAUGUCAUUCCCACCACCCCCACCUCCAGCCCCAGCACCACCUAAGAUGGAGGUUAAAGCAGAAAUAGCAGCCCAACCUGUGACAAACGCACCAAAAAAAGAACCAAAGGAUGCUGCCAAAGAAUCAGAGGCCACCAAGUCGAAAUCUGACAGCCCGUUCAGCAGACUUUUCAGCAGAAAGGCAUUGCUAGGCCUCAAGUCUAAAAUCAAGGUUAAAUCAACAAGUGGAGCCAGUGCACCUGCCAAGCCUCCUGCAGUGGAGAUAGACGCCUCAAAGACGGCUACUCUGGAGGCCUCUGCCAAACCAGAACCACCACCGGCACCUGCACCGAAAGAGGGGAAGAAACCGGCUGUAGCCAAAGCCUCCUUUUCUUUUUUCAAGCCCAAGGACCUGCUAAACCAAAUGGCUUCAAAAGUCCAGACGGCUUCAACAAGUGGAGUCCGACUCCUCAAGAAACCUUUCAAAGGGGCUUCUGAGCCCAAAAAGGAAGCCCCAGCACCAGCUGCAGACGCAAUAGCUGGCCCAAGUGUGGCCAAGGAAGAACCAAAGGCCCCACAGAUCCCUGCUGUGGACAGCAAGCCAGCAUCAGGACCCACCGAGGGUGGGGACAAUUCCCCCAUCCUCCCUAAGAGGCUGGAGAAGAGGAACUCCAUCCACUUGUUCUUCAAAAACCUGGGGAAACGCCAGUCAGAUGCAGGAGUACAAACAGAACCAGAGAAGACCAAAUAAAAAGGAAACGUCCCCACAGAAUAAUCAGGAAAUCAACUUUUGAUUUGUUAGAUACAUCAUUUUUGAUCAUCUGAUCGCACUAUUGAAGGGAUGGUGGUAAGAGCAAGUUCGUUGAGGGACAGAGGCUGUAACUGGUCUGGUCUAGUCUUUGUGGAGUAUUUCAGAGAGUUGUUCUUUGUCAAGGAGGUAAAAUAUAUGUUUGGUUGAAAGGCUUGAUAGGUAGAAAGAGAUGUGGUUAGUGACUUGUACUGGGAAAAACAUCAAUUUUUCUGUUGCCUGUGCUGUUAAACUUAACCUCUCCCUCUAUAAAUUAUGCAGCAUUUACCCUUGCUUUGACAGAUCAAUGCACCUAAUGAUGUAAUGCGAUAUGUAACGUUUUGCUUCAUUUUUUCCCCACAUGGUGUAAAAAUAGAACUAGUCUGAAAGAACUUGUGAAGUGCAUUCGACGGUUUCAGAUAAGUUCAUAGGAUGGUUUGUAGAAUAGAUGCAUAAAGCUCAGCUUGAGAUAAAGCAGUACUAAUGGAAUAUAUUGGAGGAGUGGGGGAAAUGUUGAUUAUGUUUUGAUUAAUGAUUAACACGUGCACGUUACAGUGUCCUUUUUAACUUGGCAGGAACUGUACAUGGAUGCAACCAUAUAAUUGAUGAUAAAUAUCAAAUAUAUGAUAUAUAAUAUGUAUAAUAUAUAUAUAUACCAUUCAUUAUUAUAAUCAUACACAGGGGGACAUCACAAUCGUUACGUUUGUUGGGCUGCACAUAUCACCUGGUAGUCUAUAGAGCUAAUACUGCAUAGUCACGAAUCAAAGCUGAUUUACAUUUUCCUAAGGGUUUUCCUAAAAAUGGUGGUUAGUUUUCAUGUGAUUGAACUGUUUAACAUACUGUAUGUGUGCCUGUAUGAAAACUGUUAUAAUUUUGGGGAUCAUGUCUGUUUAUUUCUGCAUCUAUUUACUAUGUAUAGAAUCUGCAAACAGAUUAUUUCCUGUGCCAACCCUUCACAAAUAUAUGGUACCAUAACAUUACAUGUGCUAUUAAAGGACUUUUUCUGUAACUGUUUAAAGAGAA